AAUAUAAUAGUCGAAAUGGAAUCUAACAGUGAUAAAGAGGUGUUAAUAAAAAUCGACAAUGUUGAUAAAGAUGUAACCGAAUCCGAUGAUGAUCAAAUGCUAUCUAGUAGUUUAAAGAAAACAAACAAACAUCUAAAUAAAGAUGAAAUGCAGAUUCCGUUGGAAGCAGACAAUAAAGAUAUUAAUAAUCCGUCAUCAUCGAGCCAUAUUAAGGAGGAAGAACCAAUUAUUUUUAAAACUACAUCUUCACGAGAUAAUUCUUCCGAAUUACCAGUUACUUCUGGAGCUUUAAAACAACAAACAACACAGACUAUACCUGCAGCACCAUCUCAACAGCAGCCAACAUUUCGUUUAAGAUCUCGCACAGCUGUUAUAAAUGAAACUGCCACCGAACAGUAUGAUAACUAUGAGAGUUUGGAUUAUGAUGUCUGUGAAAAUGUUUUAUUUCAAAAAGAACAACAAUUCACUAACAAUACACGUUUCUCGAUACGUAAAGAUAUUUUACGUUGGAUAAUUUUCAUACAAAUUGGCAUUAUUACAGCUCUAAUAGCCUGUGUUAUUGAUAUCGUUAUUGAAGAGUUAUCAGCAAUAAAAUAUGAAUUUCUUAAACAUACUGUCGAUAUGAAUGUACCUCAUGAAACGAAUCCAACGGCUGACUUAGUGAUUCCAUACUUGUAUUGGAUGGGUCUUAGCAUUGCGCCCGUUGCUUUGGGAGCAGCCAUGGUAACAUACUUGGAACCGAUUACAGCUGGCAGUGGUAUACCACAAGUGAAAAGUUAUUUAAAUGGUGUCAAAAUACCGCGAAUAGUUCGAAUUAAAACAUUGGCCAUUAAAAGCAUAGGUGUAGUUACAUCUGUGGUGGGUGGUUUGGCGGGUGGCAAGGAAGGCCCCAUGAUACAUGCUGGCGCCGUUGUUGCAGCCGGUAUAUCACAAGGCAAGAGCACCACUUUUGUUAAAGAUUUUCGUGUUUUCAAAGCAUUUCGUGAUGAUCACGAAAAACGUGAUUUUGUAUUGGGUGGAGCAGCAGCUGGUGUAGCUGCUGCUUUCGGUUCACCCAUUGGUGGCAUGUUAUUUUCGCUUGAAGAAGCGGCCAGCUUCUGGAAUCAGAAUCUCAUUUGGCGAACUUUGAUUGCUUCAAUUAUUAGCUCGUUUACAUUGAAUAUUGUUUUAUCGGCAUAUCAUGGUUUAAGUGAUUUUACUUUUACCGGUCUAUUUAAUUUGGGUAAAUUCGAACAACCCCUAACAUUUGAAUACUUUGAAUUGCCCAUUUUUAUGGUAUUUGGUAUAACCGGAGGCUUAUUGGGCGCCGCUUGGAAUAGUUUAAACACAAAAAUCAAUAAAUUUCGUUCAAGAUUUGUGAAAUUUAAAUUUGCUCGUGUGCUGGAAGCUAUUCUAGUGUCAAUGAUGGGAGUAUCGUUGGCUUGUGCCAUGAUUUAUUUCAUAAACGAUUGUCGUCCGUUGGGUAAUGAUCCCACCGAUUAUCCAACACAGUUAUUUUGUGAAGACAAUGAAUAUAAUGCUGUAGCUGCUUUAUGGUUCCAGACGCCUGAAGCAACAGUUCGUUCAUUAUUCCAUGAUCCACCGGGCUCCCAUAAGAUUCUUACCUUAGCCUUGUUUACAUUGGUCUAUUAUGUCUUAUCUUGCACUACAUUUGGUUUAAAUGUAAGUUUAGGUGUUUUUAUACCCACUGUUUUAGUCGGUGCCGCUUGGGGACGUUCCGUAGCCAUGGUGAUAUUUUAUUUAUGCCCGCAAGCAAUGUUUCUAAAUCCCGGUAAAUAUGCUCUUAUCGGUGCAGCAGCAAAUUUAGGUGGUGUUCUACGCAUGACCAUUAGUUUAACUGUUAUACUAAUGGAGACCACUGGCAUUGAAACCUCAUUCUUUUUCCCACUCAUCAUUACGUUAAUUAGCGCCAAGUGGGUGGGUGAUUAUUUUAAUGAAGGCAUCUAUGACAUACAAAUUAAAGUAAAUCAUGUACCCAUGUUACCUUGGGAACCAUUACCGCACUAUAUGGGCCUUAAAGCCUCGAAUAUUAUGAGUUCUCCCGUGGUCUGUAUUAAGCUCAAAGAUAAAGCCAAUUAUAUUUAUGAAAUUUUAAAUCGUUAUAAACAUAAUGGUUUUCCCGUUGUAGAAGACGUUGAUGGGCAUGAUCGCUCUACGGGUCGUGUAUGUGGUAUUAUAUUGCGUUCGCAAUUAAUCGUGAUACUUCUAAAGUCAUUGUAUGAAGAGAAGAAACGUUUUUGGAUCAAUGAUACAACUAUACAAACAUUUAGAGAUGUUUAUCCACGUUAUCCCUCGAUAGAUAAAGUACGUAUGUCGGAUGAUAAAGUGAACUAUACAGUCAACUUGGAUAUUUUUAUGAAUCCCUCAACAAUAUGCUCCAGAGAACAUGAUUCCGUUCCAAAGAUUUUUAAUAAAUUCCGUGCUUUGGGUUUGCGUCAUUUAAUUGUGGUGGAUCGUGAAAAUCGUGUAUCUGGUAUUAUAACAAGAAAAGAUUUCUUGUAUAAGUAAUUUUAAAAAAUAAGACGUCACUCGCCAAAGCAUCAUUUAUUUUUUUUAUUCACAAUUUAUGUAAUGUA